GUUCCCCGUAGACUUGAUAUUCAAAGCGGGAAGAAACAGGGAAAGAGUCGGAUGGACGUCUCCGAUCUCGAAUGAAUGUCAAGCCUUACUAACCUCAUGAAGUGACUAGUCAGUAAAACUAAGCGACAGAUGAGGAUUGGUGGCGAAAUACAACUUAUGGAUGUGAUUUCCUCCGCGAUUUUUACGCGGAGUCUGGUUAUUUCGAAUGCGCUGACAACUGUUAAAAAACGUUAAAACAACCAGGAGAGCGAUAUGCUGCCUUUUAGCACCCCGGCGCGCACGAGGAUCUAACAUUCACGAUGUCGGGGGUCGACGGUUUGGUCGCCUGUUCUGGAAAAUGAUUGCUCUGAACACAGACGGUAAAAUAAUGGUGAGAAGAUGCCUUGUGACGUUCAAACCGUUCAGGAUUUUCGUGGUGGGGAUCGGUUUCUUCAGCCUGUGCUUUCUAAUGACGUCCCUGGGGGGCCAGUUCUCAGCCAAGCGACUGGGGGACUCUCCCUUCACCAUCAGAACAGAAGUGCUGGGGGGCCUGGAAUCCCGCGGGGUCCUGCGCAAGAUCAGCGACAUGCUGGAAGUCAUUCUGAAGAGGAUUGACACCCUGUCCAAGCUGGGCAACGCCAGCGACUCCCGCAGGCUGGAGGAGCUCAGCUCGGCCAUCAGCAGGUUCCAGCCGGCGGGGCUGGUGGAGCGGAUCCAGGCCAUCGCCCAGAACGUUUCCAACAUGGCGGUGCGUGUGGAGCAGAUCCUGCAGCACAGUAUGGCAGCCGGCAGAGCAGUCAGAGAUGGAUCAUCAGGCCAGUGUGAGGUCCCCAAGGAUCCCCGUUACCCAGACUGCCCCAGCAAAGUGGAUUGGAUGCGAGCACGCUGGACCUCUGACCCCUGUUAUGCUUUCUAUGGCGUGGACGGCUCGGAUUGCUCCUUCCUUAUCUACCUGAGCGAGGUGGAGUGGUUCUGCCCUCCUCAGACCUGGAGGAACCACACCAAGCCCCCUACCCCCAAGACCACGGGCAAGAGACAGGCGGCCUUCCGCACGGACAUCAGCUCCCUGCUGGAGCAGGUGGGCACGGGCAAGGAGUCCCUGAGCUUCAUGAAGAGGCGCAUCCGCAGGCUGGCCUCGCAGUGGGGGACGGCUGCCCAUCGGCUCGACCACAAGCUGCGCAGGCGCUGGCGGGAUCAGAAGAAGAUCUUAGUCCAUGUGGGCUUCCUGACGGAGGAGUCGGGGGACGUGUUCAGCCCCAAGGUUCUGAAGGGUGGGCCGCUGGGAGAGAUGGUGCAGUGGGCAGACAUUUUGACCGCCCUCUACGUCUUGGGACAUAACCUCAAGAUCUCCAUCUCCGUCAAGGAACUACAAGGGUUUCUCGGUGUGCCCCCAGGGAGAGGCAGCUGCCCGCUGACAGGACCGCUGCCCUUCGACCUCAUCUACACAGACUACCAUGGAUUGCAACAGAUGAAGCAGCACAUGGGCCUCUCCCUAAAGAAGCACAAGUGUCACAUCCGCGUCAUUGACACGUUUGGCACGGAGCCUGCCUACAACCAUGAGGAGUACGCCACACUGCACGGUUACAGGACCAACUGGGGGUACUGGAACCUCAACUCCCGGCAGUACAUGACCAUGUUCCCUCACACACCAGACAACUCCUUCAUGGGCUUUGUUUCGGAGGAACUGAACGAGACAGAGAAGCUGAACAUCCAGAGGAACAAGGUCAACAACAUGGCUGUUGUGUACGGCAAAGAGGCCAGCAUGUGGAAGCUUCAGGGUAAAGAGAGGUUCCUGCAGAUCUUGCACAGAUAUAUGGAGGUCCAUGGCACGGUUUACUACGAGACACAGCGCCCUCCCGAGGUGCCUGCCUUCGUCAAGAACCAUGGCCUGCUGCCCCAACAGGAACUUCAGCAACUUCUUCGUAAGGCAAAGCUCUUCAUUGGAUUUGGUUUCCCCUAUGAAGGCCCCGCCCCUUUGGAAGCUAUAGCCAAUGGGUGUAUCUUCCUGCAGCCAAAGUUCCACCCACCCCACAGCUCACUCAAUCACGAGUUCUUCAGAGGAAAGCCUACAUCCAGGGAGGUGUCCUCCCAACAUCCCUAUGCAGAGCAGUACAUCGGUAGGCCCCACGUCAUGACCGUGGACUUCAACAACUCCCAGGAGUUUGACGCUGCAGUUCGAGAGAUCAUGAGGACCAAGGUAGAGCCCUACUUGCCCUAUGAGUAUACCUGUGAGGGGAUGCUGGAGAGGGUUCAUGCCUACAUUCAGCACCAGGACUUCUGUGCCCCCGAUCCUUCGUUCCCCCCAGCGAAUGCCUCCAAGAUAUGGCCCUCAGGUCACUUCGUCAUCCUGCCCAACUCCACCAAUCUGGGCUGGGCCCCCAACGUCACCGCCCCGCCCUCCUGGCCACCGCUCAGCGCCCUGCAGCUGCUGGUGUCGGAGGAGGGCCAGUCGUGCGUGGAGGCGUGCCAGCGCGGUGGUCUGGUCUGUGAGCCCGCCUUCUUCCGCUUCAUCAACAACAAGGAGGCCCUCAGCCGGUUGGAGGUGCAGUGCGAAGGCAUCGAGGCGGAGAUGAACCACGUGUUCCCGGCCUUCUCAGUGGUGCGGAGGGAGUGCGGCCUGCAGAAGGAGCCGCUUCUCUUCAGCUGCGCCGGGUUCAACACCAAGUAUCGGCGCCUCUGCCCCUGCCGGGACUUCAGAAAGGGCCAGGUGGCACUGUGCAGGGACUGCUUAUGAUGAGACCACCACCCUCCUAUGCCCCCAGCCCAGUCACUCCCUCCCAGUUUGAGUGUCAUCGAACCACCACAUGUAGAGUUUAGGCCCAGCAAGCAGGGAGGGACACUGAGGUGGGUAGCCAGACGUUACCACGCCACCAGGUGGCAGGCAGGAGCGAGGAGCACCACGAGAGCCCGAUCCGAGGAAUAGUUCAUCUGAAGUCUGCCUGUUAUUCCACUUCUGUCAGCGUUCAGGUGUCUGGACAGAAUAUGAAAGAACCAAACGUGCAGUGGCUGAAAAUACAAACCAGGUCGCCUCGCUGAUGGCUUUGAUGAUGGCUUCACUUCGACAGACUCUCUGCAGAGAGCCCCCUGUGAAAUACUUGGCCGCAUGUCUUUGGGUUUUGGAGAGGUUCUGCUGGGCAGACUCUUGUCCCCAAAUGUUCCCGGAUCAGAGGACCGCGCAGGAGACCAGAUCAACAUGAUAAGAUGAAAAAGGGUCCAGAGGACUUGGCGGACUAGUAGUAAACGUCAAGCUCCCGAAAAGUCACUCUCCAGUCACUGGUCAUUCAAGUGUGAUUUUUUUUUUUUUCAAAACCUCUCUCCUCGGCAGCAAUUGUCUGAAGCCUUCAAAAUCCCAGAGGGGUGUGGCUGCCCAGCAGGGUGAAUGACUGUGACACAAACAUUUCAAGAUAAGGGACUUCUUAGUGAUAGCCAGUUUUAAUUUAUUUUAGUAACGUUCUGGUGAAACAUGUUGGGUCCACUGAUGAAGCAAGUGCUGGAAAUAUGACCAAUGCAUGAAACUGACUGUGGUUCAAUACAGUUCCUCAGAUGUAGCUGGUGGUGUGCUUGAGUUUGGACAGUAGACCCUGAAAUGCCUCAUCCUGCCCCUGUCCCCUCCACUCAAAUGGUUCCUGAACUGGGUGAUAUCCGA